ACACAUACACGUACACUUGACGAUUUUUAAAUACACAUUUCCUUUCGAAAUUGCGAAAAAUCCCUCGUUUCAUUCGACCCAUCUCCGUCUCCAACGCCUCGAGAUCUCGAGAAUGUUUGAACUUCUCGGUAUAUGCGUGGAUAUCGUUUGUUCGCUAUGGCAACAUCGAUACAUCAAGAUACGCUCGUAACUCGUGCUGUUUAAUCGAUUCACGAAGUACGAAAGUUGUAGGUUAAAGUGCGUGCAACCUCUCUCUUCGAAGAUGAAUUCGAAAAACUCGUUACUGUGAAGGAAUAUUUAUUGAGAAAAUUAUUUAUUCUAGAUAUAUAUAUAUAUAUAUAAAGAGAGAAUUAUUGUUUUAUCAAUAUUUGAUAUUAGAGAGAGAAAAAUAUGACCGAAUCGGAAGAGGAAAUUAUUCAUACCGAGGACGACGAGGAUUUUUACGAUUUGGAGAGACUUUCCAUAAUACAUCUGGAUUAUCGAGUGAUGUGGAUACGGGACAAAGUGAUGAAAUUUUUAGGAAUACCUGGCUACGAGCUUCAGUUCUACAAACUUUUGAACGCAAACAAUCGAUACUUGGAGGACAAGCUGCUGAAUUUUUUGGUACUCGAUCUUUACGGAAUAACGAGUCUCGAGAGAAAGAUAAUCUUCUUCUAUUGCACGUAUUCCGUGGAAAAGUAUCAGGAAGAGGUGCCGGUCUGGCAAAGCAAGCCGAGCGUUAGUAAAUUGGCCGCGUUGACGGCGCUAGCCGUGAAAGGGAAGAGUCGUAAGUAGAAACUGUUGGUGAUUCCGCACUUUGU